CCUUUGUCCAAAUCCCCAGAUCCGCUUUAUACAUGACCGACCUGUACGUGAACGACACAAGCCGCGUUUGCAGCCAACCUGUCCAGGUCGUCGGCGUAGCCCGCGAGUCGGCGCUUGCAUGGUCUGCCAACGGCAACCGAUUGGCAUUCGUGUCGGGGAACAGCGCCAUAUUUAUCGCGCGUCUCGACAACCAGGGAACGAAUGGCGUGGUCUUGGAGAAAGUAAUCCCCCUCUUCAAGAAAGACGUCCACGCUCUCCUCUUUUUCCCCGACAACGAAGACAUGCUCGUGGUGGUGGGCCACGAAGGCAUUUCGACUGUGGACGUGUCCGCCGGCGACAUUGUGUUCCGGGUACGUCCUGGCAAAGAAAACAAUCACGAGAGCGACGUCACUUGCGCCACGUGGCUCUACGGCGGCUCGCUCUUGGCCACGGGGUCCAAGGACGCGAACAUCAAGGUGUGGAUCCGCGACGCCACGCAAACCAACGAGUGGACGUGCUUGGAAACAAUCACGGGACACAAGGCUCCGCUCAUGGCGCUCGAGUUCAACCUGUUCACGAACUCGUUGUUCUCAAGUGGUCGGGACAGUUCCGUCAAGCAUUGGGACGUGCGCAGCUUGCAUCCGUCUUCGAUCGCCAAGCGCCGCGACGACGGCAGCAUCGCGUGUCCGAUCCUGUCGUCCAUGGACGGCCACCAGGGCGACGUGAUUGCGCUCACCGCGUCCUCGAACGGCAAGCACUUGUUCUCCGGCGCCCGCGACAACAGCAUCAAGGUAUGGCACGUGGGGCAACAUCGGGAGCUCCGCACGAUCAAAGGACACGCGGGUGACGUCCGCCGCAUGAUCCUCAUGGCGAACGACGAGUACAUGUACUCUGCGUCCGUGGACGGCACGGUGCGCCUCGUCAAGCUGCUGCAGAUCGACGGCGACGACGACCGCAUCUUGUCGGCGGAAGAUUUGGAACGGGAUCGGGAGGUGGCCGACAAGUUGGCGCUGGAAGAGAUCCUCGGGCUCGGGAACAAGGCGUUGGCGAGCGCGGGCAACGGUCCGUCCGGCGUGGCCGCGGGUGCCCUCGGGCUCGAAACGGAUCAAGUGCUGGCGUCGAUCUCAGCGCAUGACCAAAACGUGUUCCGAAUGGAAGUGAACCCGGUGAAGCCGCUCAUGGCGACGGCCGGGAACCACGAGAUUCACAUCUGGGACAUCUCAAACCUGGCCAAACCAGUUCGCAUCAACGAGUUUGUCGGCCACACGAACGGCGUGACCCAACUCAACCUCGUUCACGACGAUCAGCAUCUCAUCAGCGGCUCCCUUGACGGACGCAUCCACCUGUACAACGUCGACACGCUGCACCGCGAGUCCAAGCUGGACGUGAUCGGCGCCGUGGGGGCCACGGUGCUCACUCCAGACAACCGCGUGCUGUUUUGCUCGGGCAACGACUACGACAUCCGCGGCUACUGGACGCAUGACAACGUGCUCGUGUCGCAGUGUGUCGUCGAGCUGACUGGGCACUGCGGCAAAGUGUACUGCCUUGCCAUCUCCCCCGACGGGUCUACGCUCGUCAGUGGUGCCCACGACUACAGCUUGUGCGUGUGGUCGUUGAACUCGUUUACGCAAACAUACCAAGGGGCGAACGCGCCCUUGUUGGCUGGCGAAGAAGAAGUCAAGUCGCUGACCCCGUCCAAGCGCGUCGAAAGCCCCCACGAAGGCCAUGUGUUCGACUUGGCGUUCAGCUCGCCGGCGUCGGGCGGAGAACACCCGCGGUUGGCGUCGUGUGGCAACGACCACUCGAUCAAAAUCUGGCGGUUGAAUGGCCGGUCGUUGUCGGAAGUGGCGCAUCUGCGCGACGCGCACGCCAGCGCCGUGAGUUGUUUGGCGUGGGGGCGGCUUGCGUCGAGCUCGCUGCUGUUUUCCGGAGGCUGGGACCAAACGGUCAAGGUGUGGGACCUCUCGAACGAGUCCCGCGCCCCGUCCGGACCUGUUGGCACCCUUCAAGGCCACAAAGGUCGGUUGUCGAAACUGCGCGUGUCCAACGAUGGAUCGGUGCUCGUGUCGACGUCGGCGGACGGCGUGGCCAUGCUGUGGCAGGCGACCGCUCCGUUCCAGCUGCUGUGCACGUAUGUUGGCACGGACGACGGCGGCAUCAGUAGCUUAGCCAUGGGCCAGAGCAUCUUUGCCACGGGGUACGAUGACGGCAUGAUCAAAGUGUGGCCGCUCAUGGCGACCAACGGCGCGGUGCCCAACGACUACGCCGACUUGUUUUUGACGCAGGAAGACGUCGCGCGGGUGGCGGAAGAGAACGAGGCCAAGGAAAAGCACUUGGCCAAGACCCAACAGCGCAAGAAGUCGGGGUUCCUUCCCAACGCCAAGGCGCCGCAACUGCUCUAAUAGCUAGUCCUGAUGUACAAGUCGGACUGUCCAUAUAUUUUUUGAAUACAAUUGUUUGUUACUGUUGAA